ACGCAAAAGGGAGGCGUAUCGAGUAAGGCGGAGAAGUCGGAAGCGAGUCGGUCAGAGUCAGUCGCUUGCGGCACAUCAACGCGUUGGGAUCAGUAUCGCGUGAACUUUACGAUCAUCAUCAUUAUUUAGAUUCUAUCUUUUUGAUUUAAUAAUUAUCGGGAAAAUAUUUUUAAUUAAAAAAUAAUACUAGAAGUGACGUUUCUUCUUACGACUUUGGAACAUUACAAGAUUUCAUUAUCGAAAAAUUAAAUUUCCAUAACGUUAACUAGUUUUAAAAAUAUACAGCUAACAGGAAUACUCUUCAUAGGGGUUCAAACGAGAAGACCAUAAGGUGUUCUGAAGCCACGCGACCUGUGGGAGAGCCGUUGUUCUGCUCUGUUGAAUCAUUAAACUACCCUUGUUGUAUCGUACCCAACGAAGAGACCAACUGUGACCACCGCUGGCGCCCUUCUUAAAACCUUUCCUUCUUCUUCUUCUUCGAUUACGACACGCAGAACACACUUUUUGUUCUUCGUUAUGACAUUUUAACGAAAAAAAAAAAAAUAAAAAAUUAACGCAGCAUUUUGUGAAUUUAUUGGAAAUUGAAAGCAAAAGAUGAAUACCUUCAAGAGACACCAAAGCAAAGUAUUUUGGGAACAAAUGUCAUCGCAGGAUUUAAAGAAGGAUUUUAUGAUUCGUAGAAAAGAUCCUGUUGAAGUUUUUCAAUUUCCUCCUCCUCCAUCCACCGACACGGAUUAUCCUUCAGAAAACGAUGAAGAAAAUCGAUCCUCCAGUUUACGCGAAAAUAAUUUCACGAACGUUGAUAACGUAACAGUUAUACAUGUUUGUCCGAGAGUCAGUGAAACGCAAUGCGAUAAGACCUUUGAUGAUGCAUUGAUUCGAUGUAGAGAAAAUCCGACGAUACUUCAAGAAGAGAGAACGGAUAUCAGUGUUGGUACACACAAAAACGAAGGAAAUAUCGUCGUUUCAGAGAACAGAUCUCUCAGUCCUCUCAGUCAGGAUCUAAAGAGUCUAGAUUCUGGUUUUUCUGAUUCCGAACGAUCGAAUUGCUCACAGACUUUAGAAGAUGAAAGUCCGCAGAGACGUAGAAGACGACGCAGGAAAGCUAAAGAAAGAAAUCGUAGAAUUCGUCAUAAAAUUGGUUCUCUUUGCUCGGAAAACAAUUUAAUACCUCGACCAACUUGUACUUCAACUCCGAAGGAUCCCAAAAUACGAAACUUUCAACGAGAUCAAAGAACGAAGAUUAGAGUGACUGCUUUACCUAAUCUUUCGUCUAGCUUGUUAGAAGACGAAUCGUUAAAUUCUACAAAAAUAACAAAAAUAUUUGCAACGAACCUUUCGUACGAUUUCUUUGAUAAUUUUCAAAAUGUUAAUGGCAAGAUUGCAUCGCCAAUAAAGACUUGGUUAAAUGACUUGACAAUAGAAACUGCAAAUGAAUGUUGUAUCGCUCUUCAAAGUAAAAAUCUACCUCGGCGAAAGCAUAACGAUUUAAUUUCGGAGGAGGAUCAAAUGAAAGAUUUGAAGAUGUUAUCUUCCUUGGCUACGGCAGCUGCAAACAAACUUCUCGUUAGAGCUGACCAAUUUGAACGUCAUUAUCAAUAUAUCUUAAACGAAGUGUCGCAUUCGAAAAGCGGCAGAUUACAAAUGGAGCUAUUACGUGUCAUCGAGGACAAUGCUUUUGCAGUUUUAUCGAAAUUAGGAGCACCUCCACCUCGAAGAAUUCAGCAAACGAAUUUGAAAGGAAUUCUCAUGCAAUUAGACAGCAUGAAAGAUUACGUCGACAGUGCUAUUAAUACCCGUUUAGAUUUUUAUAUUGAGAAAAUAGUAAGAUGUUUGGAAGAAGCACCGAAGGAAGACAGUAGUGUAGUUAGAGGAGCUCUAGCAGCUCUCACGGCUUUGGGUUUAGCCGGAGCACGAGCAGGCAGUAGUAUCGCGAGAUGUUCAGGAAUUAGGGCUCUCCUAACUUCUCUCAUUUCUGCCAUUAGGAAAUCAAAUGAUUACGUAGCUACGUCUCUACGCGCUCUGUCGAGCGUGUGCUGUUCGAGAACAGCAAUUGAGCACUUCGUUAAAGACGACGGACCGGAAAUUGUAAUUGACCUCUUGUCCAGUAAAACAUCGUCGGAAAUCAACAAAAUGGAAGCUACGGCUUUGGUAGUACAGAUAACUGCACCAUGGACUAAUGCCGUAGGCUUACCAUAUGUCGAACCAUUUGCGGAAACAUUAAUUACUGCUUUAGGAAAUCUUAUUGAAAAUAUGAAUUCGGAACAAACGUUACUGUUGACAGCCGCUGCACUCAAUCAAAUAUCUAAAUCAAGAAAAUGCGCUGAUAUUAUAAUACGACAAGACACGGUAAGAAAUUUAUUGAGAAGCGUGAAAAAAUCAAACGGUGGAAAUGUUUGGUUGAUGCAGCAAGUGGCUUCUCUCAUAGGUGAACUGGCGCGUUUACCAGAAGCUCGAGAAUACUUAGCUAAAGCACGAGCAUCCGUUGCAUUGGUUUGUUUCCUUAGAAUGAGACCUCCAGGUUUGGAGGACGCAUAUCAACGUUUAGAGACCACGGCUGCAGCUGCUCUGAUAAGGCUUUGCGUAGAUCCAGAGAUAGCGAGACAAGUAGUUGCAGUUGGAGGUGCUGAUUGUCUUCCCACGUACGACGUGAAUUAUCUUCUCACUGAAGAUGAGGAACAAAUAGAAGCUGGACUUCUAAAGUAUACUAAAUCUUUAAGACGAGCAUGCAAGAAAGCUGUGAAACAGAUAGAUGUAGCGAGAGCACACGAUUAUUUUAAUUAAUUUCAUUAAUUCUCGAAGUAUACUCAAGUGCAAAAGACCGAAGAAAAAUUGUAAAUAAUGUAAAUGUUUUAUAAAUGUUUUAUUAUAAAAUAAAAGAAAACCUAUAUAUAUAUAUAUAAAUAAAAAGUAUAUAAUUGAUAUUAAUUGAAUAAAUUUAAUAUACUUUGCAAUAUUGAAUAAAUGAUUCUCGCAAAAUAUAAUUGUAUAAUAAUAUAAAUGAAUAAAUGGUAUAUUAUAAUUUUGAUAAAAAUAUAAAAACUAGCCUAUUGGUCUGGCCAAAAAUUUUCACAUAAGAAAUUCCCUGUGUU